UCAAAGCAUCAAUCAGAAGUUCGAUUGAAUGGAAUAGAAUAUUGUUAAGGAGAUGACCAACGUCAAUCAAAACGAAACAAAUUCCACAGACGAUCGUUACAUUCCAAAAAGGUCCAUUACGAAUAUGGAAAUCUCGCACUACAAACUGAAACCGCCAUAUGAAGAAAUAACAGAUAUGUUUAACCAUGACGAUGUAGAAACUUAUCUCAAUGUUCAGAGAUGCAUCAAUAAUAAAAGGCAAUAUACAAACAAACUGUCGGCGAUAUUUUUAAUAACACAGGCAAAAAUUCUUAAUUUUUCGUAUAGAAAUAUUGGUAAAUUGGAAUUAUGUCUAAAACACACAUCCCAUGUUUGGCCAGUAUAUCCAAGGAAAAAACCUUUAAUGGCUAACUCGCCCGAAUUUAUUCUAGACAUGCCAGAUUUAGACUUAAAUACAGUUCUGUUUUUUUCCAUUAUUUUAGGAAGACAUGCAAUUGAUUGGGGUAAAACUGGUUAUAUAGCUACAAUACACAAACAGGAAGUGCAUAUAUGGAAUCCCGAAAAUAAAUUGUUAAGAGAAGUUACUUCAACACAACGAAACGUAAAAGACUGCGUGAAAUGGAGCAAAUGUGGUAUAUAUUUUGCUGCUGCCAUUGGACAAGGAAAAUGUGCCAUAAUAAAUUCAGUUAGUCGACAUAUUAUUGGAACUAUUAACUGUAUAUGUACGAAUUGCGUCGUUAAAGCAAUUGAAUGGACAAGAAAUAAAGAGGUAAUAACAGGUUGCAGUUGCGGUGUCAUGACAGUCACAUCAAUCGUUGACACAUCACACCAAAGUAAAGUCUACAAAGACUUCUUAUCACUUCUUAUUACCAUAAAAUUAUCCUGCAAUGAACGAUUUUUAGUAGCAAUUUUCGAUGGAGGAAUUGCAAGAAUAUACCGUUUUCCAGAGUUUCAGUACUAUUUAGAUAUAGAGUCCGGCUAUGAAAGAAAUAUUGGUGCUGUAGCUUGGCAUCCGUGGAAAGAAAGUUUACUCUGUUAUUCUGUGCAUGCAGAAGUUAGACUGGUAAAUUUGAUAACUAAAAAACAUGUUAGUCAUCACAUUUUUCCAAACGACACUUUUCAUGUAGAUGCAUUACUUUUUAAUCCUUUGUCUGGGGAGUUAGUGGUUUCGCGCAGCGUGAUUGACCCAACUCACACAGGCUACUUGACUGUAUUUGAGAAUUUCGAUAACGUCGUUGAAGAAAUACGCUGCAGUUACGAAAGGAUGCGGUUCAUGUUGUGGGACAGUACUGGUACUCAACUUGCCACAGUAAGUACACUUGAAAAUUUAUGUAUAUGGAACUUUUUUGGAACUGCAAAAGAGAGAUCUGCCUAUAUUAAGAAUAAAAGAAUGGAUUCAGUCAAUUUGGACCCGAAGUCAACAGUUUUUAUGAUGGGGAAUACUAUAAGAUAAAUAUUAAUAACAUAAAACAUCGAUACUGGCAUAUCAAAUUAAAAUAUUGAGUAAUAUUUUGUUAUAUUUAUUAUUUUAUAAUUAAAAUAUUUUAAAAUUAAAA